AUGAUUUUGCUGGAAGCACCACCGUGCCUGAUCCACGAACCUGUGAAAUUCUUCCUGGUCAAAUCCGCCAUAUCAGAUAUGGGUUCUCCAGGCAGCGAUUCUGGCGGAGAUCCUCCCACCCCUGAUCAUUCCAACGUUACCGGAGCUGACGGAGUCCGUCAUGUUUCCGUCUCCGUGGCGGCUGACGGAUUGCAUCGCCGUUCAGCUGACGUAAAGCGCGACGAAACCAAGGAGAUUAGGCAGGUCGCGCCAAGCGCGGUACCAGAGAACGGUGAAUCCGAGCUUCUAGACAGGUCGCGGAGCGAGCGGGAGAGGGAAAGGCAAUGGCGACUGGACCACAGCCAAUUCGCCGCUGCCAGGCGGGACUUACGCGACGACGAACGCGGCUCCAGCAGAAUGGGAAUACUCCGAGUGAGCAGCACGGACGACGCGAUAAGCGCGUACUACCAGCGGCAGAACGAGAUGAUUGACGGCUUUAGUGAGAUGGACGCACUCAGCGAGCACCUGCUGCGACCCUCCGCUGAGGAGGCCAGGGCGGCAGCCAAGACAGCGCGAGGCGAGCACUGGGCGAUUCAGAUCUCCAACAUCGCCAAUAUCGUCCUCUUUAUAGUCAAGGUGGCAGCGUCCAUAGAGUCGGGCAGUCUGUCGAUCAUAGCAUCGACAUUGGACUCGCUGCUGGACCUGCUGUCGGGCUUCAUCCUCUGGUACACCGCCCGCUCCAUGCGAAGGCACAACCCCUACAAGUACCCCAUCGGCAAGGCCCGCAUGCAGCCCCUGGGCAUCAUAGUGUUUGCGUCCAUCAUGGCAACUCUCGGCUUCCAGGUGCUUCUGGAGGGCGUCAGGCGACUCACUGACUCGUCCGCGGUGGGGCUGGGCAGCGAGUGGCAGGUUUAUGUUGCGAUCAUGGUGUUCGUGAUAGCAGUGAAAUCCGCACUCUACUUCUACUGCCGCAUCUUCACAGGCAAUGACAUCGUCAUGACAUACGCUCAGGACCAUUUCUUUGACGUGGUGACCAACACCGUGGGGCUGGCAGCUGCUGUGCUCGCAGGGGCUGUUGCCUGGUGGAUCGACCCUGUUGGCGCCAUUCUGCUCGCCCUAUACACGAUGAUCAACUGGGGUCGCACAGUCCUGGAAAACGUCAACUCCCUCACGGGCCGGUCAGCGCCGCCCGAGUUCCUGCAGAAGAUAACGUACCUGUGCUGGAACCACCACGAGGCCAUCCUCGCUAUCGACACCGUGCGCGCCUACACCUUCGGCACGCUCUACUUCACUGAAGUGGAUGUGGUGCUGCCCCGGGAUAUGCCUCUUGAGGAAACGCAUGACAUAGGAGAGGCACUGCAGAACAAGCUGGAGCGGUUACCGGAGAUUGAGAGGGCUUUUGUGCAUCUGGACUAUGAGCUUUUUGUGCACCUAUGGCGUUCUCCACGUGUGCUCAUUCCAGUCAUUUGGAUAUCCAUAAGCCGAAUCUUCCCGUUGGCGAUUCUGGCUGGCCGUGGCUCGUCAUUCCCAACGCCGUUUCGCCUGACGCCAAACGCCGGAGCCGCUCGCGAUCUUGAUCAGGUGGAAAAGGGAUGGGGGACGGGAAGAAAAGGAGGAGGUUACGUACAACUAACACGGCUAGACACCGGAGAGAGGCUUUCAGCAGGGACGUCAGGAGCAGCAUCGCAACCAGCUACUUCUGGUGGUCUAGGGAGCCCAGGCUUACCGCCGGUGUGGGUAGACGUGUCGGACAAAAUAAAGGACGAUAUGCAAAAGAUUAGAGGGAAGAUGGGUGAGCUAGCGAAGGUCCAGGCACGCGCGUUGCUACCGUCGUUUGAUACGGACGAUGCGCGGGGGAAGAAGAACGAGCAUGAGAGAACCAUGGAGGUGCUCACGGCGGAAAUCACACGGGCGCUGAAGACGUGCGAGCAGCGGCUGCAGCAGCUUUCGCGAAAAGACGCGACGUCAGCGGGGAAUGCUGCCAUUGCGCGCAACGUUCAGAGAUGCAUGGCCACGGAUAUGCAACAACUCUCCAUGGAUUUCCGCAAACAGACAAAGCAGUAUUUACGGCGGUUACAGCAACAGCAGCAGCCCCAAGAAAAGGCUGUGCUGGGCCGUGCGGCCGCUGGUGGGUCAACAGGCAGGUUACACGAUGCAUCGUCCAGCGCAACUCAAGCAGAUGAGGAUGACUACUUUGACCCUGAAUUUGAGGAGCGACAGCUGCUGCGAGUGAGACAGAUGGAGAACGUGACAGCAGAGAGGGAGAAAGAGAUUCAAGAGAUUGUGCAAUCGGUGCAUGACCUCGCCCAGAUCAUGAAGGACAUUUCAGUCCUCGUCAUUGAUCAGGGAACCAUUGUUGACCGGAUUGACUACAACAUUCAGAACAUCAGUGCAAACGUGGACAAGGGCGUUGAGGAGCUCAAAAAGGCUGAGAAGUCCCAGAAGCAAUCAGCCCUUAUCUUCUGCAUACUCGUCCUCGUGGUGGCGGUCUUAGCUCUCUUUGUCAUUCUCAUCCUCAAGAAGCUCAUAUUUUAA